AUGGCUACAGCCAAAUCACUCGGCUCUCCCCCCAAUCGAUGCAUCGCGACCGACCAAUCUGGCAAGCACCGUGUCAUAGCAACGGCCCCGAGCAGACACGAAGGCCCAGGCUCGGGGAAAGCUCCUCAGCUUCCGUUCGUGAUGAUGUCGGCAGCAGAAUUGGAUUUCACCUCAGGGGCCCAGUCGCCUCGGCGCAAGAAGCGGCCCGCAAAGGGCGACCCUCGCCCCCAGUCGACCUUGCCCGUCGUCUCGUUCAGGCCGUUUCCUGACAGAGGCAAUUCGAGGGUGGGCGCGUUUGACGCCCUUCUCAGUAGAAAGACUCCGCCGUCUAUUGCCAUGGCACUCGACUAUCUCUUGCAUACCGAGAUUUCCAAACCAAGCACGAGCGAUCUGCGUCACCAAGUAACACAGGUGUACCUCCCGAUCUUGCAAAUGGCUACGCAGCAUGAAGACCUCUUUGAGGCGCUCAUGGCGUGCGCGCUGGCCUUUCAAGGAAUUCGACGAGGGCGGCUCGGAAUCACACCUGCCAUUGCCUGUCACAGCAGUCGGAGCAUUACAUGCUUGCGGAAAAAGCUCGAUGGCCUCGCGACUUGCCCUGACGACGCCGCCAUAUUGACAACGAUGCUUCUCACCGAUGGGGCGACCAAGUAUGGGACUCGGGCAGAGGUGCUCACUCAUUACAGUGGACUCAGAAAGAUGGUCAACAUGAGAGGCGGACCGGAAGCGUUGGCAGGCAACGCACCUUUGAAGGCGAUGCUUGAAUAUGCUGAGCUCGUUGCCGAAAUGCUGGCGAUUCCCAAAGCAAAUGAAAAGCUCGUAGAACUUGAUGACAACGACAAGCACCAGAGGGCGGACUCUCGCGUGCCAGGAUGGCAAUUGGAUUAUCCUACUCACCCAUUUCCCCCGGGUCUUUGUCACGACAUCUCCAACCUCCCAGAAGGGUUCAGAGAAAUGGCUUUGUCCCUUCGUCUGAGCAGGGAGGUGAUUCGACUGGUCAUCGCCGCCAGUCGUCAAGCCUUCGUCGAAGCGUGGGGGGUUCAUCAGUCGCGGCCUAGGAUCUGCUGUUCGUCGAUGGUGCUGAUGUACUCGAGAAAAUACCUUGGGCAGUCGAGCCGCGUGACGGAGCGUAUUGUUUGCCUGAGCGUGCUGAUAAGCUGCAUGCGCUCCGUGUCGUUUGCAUUCGGGGCGGAAGAACUCCCUCUGCUGGAGCAGCUUGUGUCCCUCGCAGCGCAGCGCGGCUUCGAAGAAUCCAGCGCGGACCAGGAACAUCAUUAUAUGUGGACGGUGAUUAUGACGGCCGAAGCAUGCCGACGAGGGUCGCUUUCCAGCCUGGCGGACCAACUCGUGUGCGAUCUCCUGGAGUCCAAGGCGAGGAAUGGCAUGACGGCGCCUGGCCUCCUCAGCAACUGGACCAGGUUGGAGGGGAUCCUGAAGCGGUAUCUCUGGAGGCAGGACCUGUUGGACGAGUGGAGGAGUGUUUGGGUGACGGCGCUGGGCAACCUGCACUUGGGGGAACGAGGCAAAAUCGUAAAAUGCCCCAGUCCCAGCGUCAGUACAGCCACCAGCCAGCCCUUCUCGUAG